AAUGACAAGACUCGACCUAAUUAAAUUUCAAUAAUGGGCGAAAAGUCGGUCAUCAAAGAGUCAAGCAAAGACAGAAAAUCCCAAAAACGUCGAAGUGAAGAAAAACAUUACUGCGAUGAAAAACCUCCAAAGCGUCAAGUUUUAUUCACAAUUUUUCCCAAAAAUUUACAGAUGGACAUAUUUCUCAACCUAGCUUUAGGCUGUAGUAAAUCGUCCAAGAAGGACGCAGAUCUCAGCACGAAAAAGCUGAGUAGAAAGUAUCCGGUGGGAUCUGGACUGGAUCAUUUUAAGUUCAAUCAGACUCUAGAAACCAAAAGAAAAGACUCAUAUCCAAGCUAUCGUAGGUUUAUGGAUAGUAAACCGUCCGUAUUCGGAGACAAAUCAAGGGCUAAAGAUCAGAGCAAAGAAUCCGGUAAAAAGAGCGACUACGAGUAUCCAGGGUUAUUCAAAGGAGGAACAGAUGUGAAUUUAUUGAAUCCGAAGUACUUCAGUCCUCAUGAUUACGAAGUUGAGAAGCUUUUGUCACCCACCGACGAUAUGUUCAUAUAUUCAUCCAAAUUUGUUCACGACUACACGCAACUCGGCUUUAAGGUGAUGAUCAAAUCGGGAUGGGUUCCAGACGAGACUUUGGGAUUGAAGAGUUGUGAGCAAUCAGUCCUAUGUUCUGAUCAAUGCCAUUCUUGUAAGCUUCAUGUAAAGCCGGUCGAUGUUAGUUUUAGCAUAGGUAGAGCAGGACUAGGUAGCAAAAGUGAAAAGAAGCCCAAAAGUGGCAAUAGUGAUUCGGCAGAUGAAAGUUGUAAUGGCAUUGAUAGCGAGAAGGCGGCCAAUGUGAACAGGCUCCAGAAUGCUGAUUACUCGGCCACUUCGGUGCUCACACUGUUGGAGCACAGCAGGAAAAAGAUGUGGGGUAAUCCGAUCUAUAUUGAAAUGAACGAGAAGGGACCCCUGCAUAGACGUCUGUUCCACUACAAAGUGCGAGUGAAUAAUGUGGAUUAUGUGCCUCAUACUGGCAGCUCCUCGAAGAAACAGGCGAAAGCAGACGCCGCUACAGGUGCCUUAUAUGCUCUGGGGCUACUGAAACACCCCUGUAUAAUGACUACACCAGCUAGUUAGAUAUCAACUGAAGACUUUAACCAAGUUAAAUUUGGUUGGUAAAUGAAGACAACGUAUCCUGCUUAAAAACUUCGAGCGAUAUGAAAUCAACGGCGUGCGAGCUCGAAGUCGAAUUUGUCAGCAACUGACCGUGUCAGG